GUUAGUUUUGUGUUUGACUUUAAGUUGUAGGUCAAUUUUGCAAAAAGUCCGUCUUUCUAUUGUAUUCUCUGUAGUGUCUCCCUAUACUCUUGCUUCCGUAUCAUUUUCUACAUAGCUGAUAUUUUAAGCAAUGGUGGAUGAAUUUCUUUACUCUCCGAUCAAACCACACUUCUUCCAGCCUCUUCUUCCAGGCUUCCACACUCACCUCAACAUUCCUGUAGCUUUCUUCUCGAAGCACGUCGUAGGAAGACACGACCACGUCAAGAUUGCGAAACUGAGAACAUAUGCGUCUGAUAAAAAUUGGAAAGUGAAGAUGGAUGGCUCGAAGCUCACUGAUGGAUGGGAAGAUUUUGCAGUUGCGCAUGAUCUCAGAGUUGGUGACAUGAUCGUUUUCAGACAUGAAGGAGAAAUGGUGUUUCAUGUCACAGCUUUGGGACCAAGUUGCUGUGAGAUUCAGUAUACAUCAACUCACAACAUCAAUGAUGAUAGUCAUGAUGAGACCAACAAUAUUGUUACAGGAAACAGUUCAAGAGAGAAGAGGAAAAGAGUGAAGAAGAAUCCAAAACCAGUUCCACAAGCUUCAUUACACAGUUCUUGUUAUGUGGGAUCUGUCAGUAAUUCUAGCCUGAAACAUAAUAAGCUGUAUCUUGGGAAGGAGUUUGUGGCUGCAAAUGGUCUAAACAAAGGAUGCAGUGAGAUAGUUUUAAAGAAUGAACGUGGAGGAAGAUGGACUUUACCUUUGAAACAUUACAAAUCAAUCAACCAUACUUAUCUAGGACCAGGCUGGACCCCAUUCUGUCAAGUAAACGGGAUCAAAGCUGAAGAUUCCUUCAUGUUUAAACUGGUUAGAACCGGGGACAAGCCUGUUCUUUGUUUGUGCCCUGAAGAAUCAUCCCACCGCGACAAAACGCCAUUAGAGUGUCUAGAAGAUAGUGAUGAUGUGAAUCCUCUCUCCUCUAGUACUUGCAGCGGAGACAAGAGUAGCAAGUCCAAAGAAAGUAAAGAGGAGAGUCUUGGAGACAAGAGAGCUUCAUCUUCAUAUAGUGAAGACCGAUUUUUGACGUUAACUCUCACACAAAAAGCUGUUAAACGCUAUCAACUGUUUCUUCCGAUGGGUUUCGCGAAGAGGAAUGGCAUCAACAAGCCAGGGAAGAUAACUCUGUUGGGUCAAGAUGGAGUAAAACAAGAGGUGGCUCUUAUGCAGAACAAAAGAACUGGACAAAAUGCAAAUUGGAAAAGGUUGGAGAGUGUUCCUCAAACCACACUUCUUCCAGCCUCUUCUUCCUGGCUUCCACACUCACCUCGUACUACUCUCUUUCGUUUCAAGAAUACAACAAUGUUCCACUUGCUUAAUCUUGUUCCUUGUUUGGUGCAGACCAUUCCUGUAGCUUUCUUUUUGAAGCACGUCCAAGGAAGAAACGACCAGAUCAAAAUUGCCAAACUGACAACAGAUGCGUCCGACAAUACUUGGACAGUGAGGAUGGACGGCUUGAAACUUACCCAUGGCUGGGAAGAUUUUGCACUCGCGCAUGAUCUCAGAGUUGGUGACAUGAUCGUUUUUAGACAUGAAGGAGAACUAGAGUUUCACGUCACAGCUUUGGGACCAAGUUGCUGUGAGAUUCAGUAUACAUCAUCUCACAACAUCAAUCAUAAUCAGACCAACAACAUCGAUGCGUGUUCUUUAUCAGAUCAUUCUCGUUUUGUAGCAAAAGUCUCAUCCUCGAAUCUAAGACUCGAUCGACUGUAUUUGCCAAUGAGCUUUGCGAGGACAAACGGUUUGGACAAAAUGAGCGGUGAGGAGAUCAUUCUUCUUAACGAAGAAGGAAGAUCAUGGAGUUUGAAAUUGAAACACGACAAGUCAGACAUGCAUACUUUUAUCAGACCUGGUUGGAGAAGAUUCUGCGCUGAAAAUGGGAUGAGCCAUGGUCACUAUACAUUGAAACUGGUCCGAAACUCUGGACCACCGGUUAUUAAGUUGUGCGGCCAAGUGCAUAAUCGACCAAAACAAGUUCCAGUAGUAUCUUCAUUACACCAUUCUUGCUCUGUGGGAUCUGUCACUUCUAAUAGCCUCAAAACUGAUAAACUGUAUCUUGGGAAGAAGUUUGUUAGUGAAAAUGGUCUGGAUAGAGGAUGUAGUGAAGUAGUUUUGAAGAAUGAAUGGGGAGGAAGAUGGAGUUUAGCUUUGAGAUGCUAUGAAUCAGCCAAGCAGACUUAUCUUGGACCAGGCUGGAGAACUUUCUGUCAAGUAAACGGGAUCAAAGUUGGAGAUUCCUUCAAGUUUAAACUGGUUGGAACAGGGGACAAUCCUGUUCUCUUGUUGUGCACUAGAAAAACGCCAUUAGAAUGUCCAGAAGAGAGUAGUGGGUCAGAUACUAGCAGCGGAGAUGAUAGUAGCAAAUCCCAAGAAAGUGAAGAGGAGAGUCUUGGAGACAAGAACAUCUCACAGUAGUGCGUUAAGAUGGAGAAAAAUGAAGAAUUUCUAGAGAUGCAGAACACCAAACGAAAGUCUCUUUGAGAGAAGAAGCUUGCUCAGCAGUAUUCUCUUGCUAUCCGUCAACUUUCUUUUAGCUUGAAUAACUUAGAUUCGCAGCAGUGUAUUGACUGCAUUUCCUUGUUGUUUCAAUCUAGAUGUCUACUCAUAUAGAAAGGGCUGCCUUUGAUUAUUUAGAAGUUUCUAAUUUCUUAGCUGAUUAAUUUCUCUGAAAGAUUCCAUAAAAUAGUUUUUUUUAGUGUUUGUCACAAAAAGCAGGUAUUUGCACUCUACACAUAAGCCUUAUGUCAUAUUUAAGUGUAUGCACAUUUUUUGUUUGCUUCGGUUAUGUCGAAAUUUUUAUGACACUUAUACCCUUAUUCCAUUUGAUCCUAACCUACGGAUUGCAAGUUUCCCAAAUUUUCGGUUUAGAUUUAUUUCUGAUGACUCAUUCCUACACAAAAGCGCUCACAAGUUGUUUCUUUAUUUUAUUAUUUUUGAAAUAUUUCACCUAAACUUUAAAAUUCUCUAAUCUCCAAAACUCUUUCCAACUCCUCUUUUAAAUUCACAUGUCAAUAUCUCCAUUGAUUUGAAGCUUAAAGUCCAGAUUCAACUCCUCAAUUACUCUUUCAUCCUUUCAAAACUACCCGAAAUCGUUAAAGCUUCUAAUGUCUACCAGCGGUCCUGUAUGGCUGUAUCCCCUAAUCUUCCAUUUCCUUUUAGGUUGUUCGCUAUCGGUGAAGAACCGCUUGGCAUAGGGUGUUACCCCUUACCACAAACAUUUUUUAUCAGUAAAAUUCUAAACGCCCUUGACGAAAAUGAAGUCGAAGUCUUAAGUGAUUCUCCCUUCGAAAAACUCGUAAAAAUUGCAGAGAAAUCAUCAUUCUCAGACUGGUUUGGGCGUUUCCUUAUUUCCAGACAAUUGAAGGUCGUUAAGAAGGAUGAAGCCUGGUUUUUAUCUUCUGGUAAAACCGUGAGGUUCUCUCAUGGAUGUCGGUGCUGGUCGCAGUGGAUGUGGUGCGCAUGUUGCUGUCACUGCAUCUCCUGCUGGUGGAGGAGCUGUCGUUGCUGCUCUUGCUAAGGAAGAGAAGAAAGAUGAACCAACAGGAGAUAGCGAUGGAGAUCUUAGAUUUGGCUUGAUACUUGCUUAAUUAGUUAAAAAAUAUUUUUGGCAAUAAUCAUACAAUUUAAUAUUUUUUACAUAUUUAUUUGAUUCAAUAGAAAAUUAGCCAGCUAUAAUCUUACGUGUAUAUUUAAAUUAUGUUAAGAUAUGUUAACAUAUUUAUUAACAUUUAACAAUGUGUUCUUAUAAUUAUUUGUAUGUUUGAUUUAACCUCUUUGUUUUAUUAUUAGCCUGUUAAUUAAUUUGUUAACAUGUAACUACUUAUUCAUAUUUUCAUUUCUAUUUUGAAUUAA